GCUUCUUGUCUUCUUCCUCGAUUUCGAAUGGCCAACGGCCAGCCCAAGAAACGCACUGAUAGUGACGCCGAUACUCCAGACUCUAAACCCCUCCAACUGCAGCGCAGACGAGUCUGGCGGGCUUGUGAGAGUUGUCGUCGCAAAAAGAUAAAAUGCGAUGGGGUCGAGCCUGAAUGUAGUGGGUGUAAGGCAUCUGGAUCGCAAUGUACUUGGUUACAGACCAAGGAUAGGGCCGCAUUGAGUCGCCACUAUGUUCAAGAGCUGGAAGCCAGAUUGUUGCAUAUGGAGUCGCUUUUCACCCAGAUUGCUCCCGUUCUUGAGAAGAUUGGGCCGCUACCUGACGGCACCUCCAUCGCCGACCUUACUUCAGCCGCUUCCUCUUCAUCUACACUGCCUCCCCGUCCUGUUUCACAGAAAGAACGUUCAGCGGCGGUGCCAAUAAAGGCCGAAGAAGACGACGUCAGCGAAUCUUUUGGGCAGCUUGCUCUUGACGAGUAUGGCCACAUGCGUUGGAUAGGCGGCUCCUCAACUAUGUCGCUCAUCCAGUCGUUUAAAGCUCUUACUUCGUCUCCUCUUCAACGCAGAAUCUCCCCAAUGGAGGAAGACCCGCUUGCCCCAGGCCCGAGCGUGAAUAAGCUUUACUUUCCUGCUUCAGUCUUUUUCGGAAAAGUGCGUGCUCUGCCUGGACCAGAAGAGGUAGAGUGGCCACCGAGAGAUUUGGCCGAUAAGCUGGUCAACGCUUACUUUGCACGAUAUCACUUCCUCAAUCCUGUUAUUGACAAGCCGUCCUUCUUGCGCAGAUAUAACGAAAUCAUCAUCAAUCCCAGUGACCCCUCGGUCAUUCAAGCAGAGACACCGUUCGUUGCUCUCAUUUUUGCUGUCUUCGCCUGCGCGGCUGGGCUUGUUGAAGACAGCAGAUUGUCAGCCAACGGCGCUGCUGAUGCCGGCGGAAUGGGAAUGGUCUACUACGAACGUGCCCUUAUCUUACAGUACAUCAGCCACGCAAGCACUCAAGUCACCCAUGUUCAAUGCUUCCUCCUUCUCUCCUCAUACCUGUGCUCUGUAAACUGUCUCCCACAAGCCUGGAUUCUUGUGGGCCAAGCGGUUCGAAUUGGCCAGGACUUGGGACUUCAUCGGUCACCGAGACGCCUGACUGUCACUCCGAUCGAGAAGGAAACUCGCCGCAAGAUUUGGUGGGGCGUAUAUUGCAUGGACCGCAUGCUUGCUCUUGCCCUUGGCCGUCCCCUUGGCAUCCUCGAUGCAGAUUGUGAUGUUGAACUGCCAGUUCAAAUCGACGACGAAUUUUUGAACGACUACUUCAACGGCGCACCUUUACCGCAACGCCAGCCAUCGUUGAUGGCUGGCUCAGUCGCACUCGCCAGCUUAUACAAGAUCGCUGGCCGUGUUAUGCGGGAAGUCUACGCCCUCGAAAUAUGCAAAGACAAUCUAGAGCCCGAGAUCAAAGCGGGUUUGCAGAACACCGUAGAAACUUUGGAUGCCGAGCUCACCGAAUGGUGCGACAAUUUACCGCCCGUCUUCAAGAACGAGUCGGAAACAGAAGAGCAGGUAUCGAUGGGGGCGGUCCUUUGCAGCCAUUAUUACUCCGUGCUGACAACCCUACAUCGGAACCUGCUUCCCGUCAAGCGGGACCAACCUGGCAUGGCCAAGUCGACGGUGAAAGCAGUUUCUUCCGCUCGGUCUUGCAUUCGCCUCGCGCCUUCUAUGAAACAUGUUGUGCCACCAUCGCAUCAUCUGGCCUUCUUCAUCCAGCAACUCUUCAGCUCCGCUGUGAUCCUAUUGUUGUACGCCAUGCACUCCACCGAACGAAAGGCCGCAUCGGCAGCGAUGGAGGAAGCAACGAGUACACUUGGCGCCUUGGAGUCCUGGGAAGGAAGUUGGCCUGGCGCUCGCAAAUGCAAAGAGCUACUUAUGGAGCUUACGUCAACCGCGGCUGAUGCAGUUGCACAGGCUGCUCAUGAGCCUCCACCACAAAGUGUUUCCCCUCGAGAACAGGAACGAGAGAGAAGGAAAUCGGUGACCAUUGCCACUGGUUCAGGCUCGGGACGUGUCACGAAAAAUCGGACGCGUCGGAAUCAGUCUCGUGAUCCAGGUACAUCUUCGUCGCGGCGUUUGGCUGCGGUAUCCCCAUAUCGAGUGGAUAGUGCUACCAGGGCACGGUCUUCUUCUCGCAGACGGGGCCUUGAUGACGGAGAAGGGAAUGACCGGGGAUCCAAGGCGAUCGGCGGCUACUAUCAAAGUUUCGCCAGCCCAACCUCGACAAGUCCGCAUAGUUCACCUGCCUCGGUGAAUGUUCCCUCUCCCGUGCCAAUACUGGACAAGAACUCGCCUCAACCUAGCCCCACUCUUGCAUCUAGCUCAGCAUACGGGUACCCACCAUUGUCACCUACAACAGCCACCAAUGGCCAGUUUGAAUUUGAUUACACCCUGCCCCCAAAUCCGCUGCACAAUGGACAACAGCAUCAGCCACAGUGGAAUGGAUCUGGCGAGCAGCAGGGGAUCGACCUCUACCCGACUGGCCUGUCGUACUCGUAUAGCGGCUUCGAUGGCCCCGACUACUCCUAUGAAAUGAACCCCGAGCUCUCCCAGUUUGCUGCCCAAGGCCUGCCCUUCCGUGGCCUCGAGUUCAUUCGCAAUUACGGGGCCACAACUGGGAACGGCGCAAAUUACGAGAUGGGAGAGCAGGACCUGUGGCACAGCUAUGACCCUGGCGCGUUCCAGCUCAAUCCAGACUUGCCUUUUACGCUGGGAGAUGUUUUGUCGGAGGAGCACCAGCAGCAACACCGUAGAUGA